GUAAAUAGUACUGAUUGUGCCAGUGUAGUUAAUAGUUUGUUUUUGUAAUUUGAGCAAGUUUUGUGUCGAAUUUAUGUUGAUAAGGAAAAAGUGACGUCAUCUGUCUCAAAAUGUUACGACACGCGUCCGCUGUUUUUGUAAUUUUCAUAUUGCAAAUGUGUGAUGCGUACAGAAUUUUGCUUUUAUUUCCAAUGCCUGGUUUAAGUCACAAUAUCCUGGGGGAAAAUAUGGCUAGACAUUUACUAAAUGCUGGUCACGAGGUUAUUUUUGUAACACCAUUCAUUAGUAAAAAUUCUCAUCCGAAUUUGACUCAGAUCGACGUCAGUGAAAAUUUAAAUGUUCAAUCCCAUUUAGAUCUAUACAAUAUACAGUCAAUUUUAGACAAUACUAGUCACCUAAGAUCUCCUAUAACAAUGUUUAAUUAUAUGGCCGAACUGGCAUAUCGGACAUUAGAGAACUCCGAUGUGGCCGAGUUGUUUAAGGACACAAAUCAAAAGUUUGAUGUAGUGAUAGCUGAAUGGAUGUUCAGCGAUAUCUACGCUGGGGUAGCAACUUUAUACGAUUGUCCGUUAAUUUGGGUGUCUACUAUGGAGCCCCAUAUGAUGUCUCUGUCUCUAGUGGAUGAACCAACAAAUCCGUCAUACACGGCAGACCUUGCGUCCAGUGCUAUACCGCCAUUUUCUUUCCUGGAGCGAGUGGAAGGCUUAUUUAGUCAGAUUUUAGUAAGGAUUUUCCAGACUUUCUAUCUCAAUGGGAAAUAUGAGACAGAUUAUAAAAGAAUAUUUACACCGUAUUUGAUUCAACGAGGGAAAGCUGUACCUUCAUUUUAUGAUGUGGUGUCCAACGCGUCUCUAGUUCUAAGCAAUUCGCACGUGUCUAUUGGUCAAGCUAUAAGGUUACCGCAGAAUUACAUACCAAUUGGCGGAUAUCAUGUGAAUGAAGAUGUGAAGCUAUUACCAGCCGAUCUUAAACAAUUGUUGGAUAAUGCAAAAAAUGGCCUUAUCUACUUCAGCCUGGGAACGAACGUCAAGAGUAAAGAUCUACCGAGCGUAAUAAAACAAGGCUUGUUAGGUGUAUUCGCUAGUCUGAAACAGACGGUACUAUGGAAAUUUGAGGAGAAACUACCUAACGUGCCGUCAAACGUUCGUAUUGUUAAUUGGGCCCCGCAGCAAAGUAUUUUAGCUCAUCCGAAUUGCGUUCUGUUUAUCACUCACGGUGGUUUACUUUCUACGACCGAAGCCAUCCAUUUUGGAAAGCCUGUGAUAGGGAUCCCGGCUUUUGGUGAUCAGUUUGUGAACAUUGACAGGGCUGUAAAGAAGGGAUAUGCUAAAAGAGUAGAUCUGUCCUACUUUAUGGUUAAGGAACUCAAGCGUGCUAUUAUUGACGUUCUCAAUGAUCCUAGGUACAAAAAUAAGGCAAAGGAGCUGUCAGCCAUAUACCACGACCGGCCGGUGUCGCCGGGCCGCGAGCUGGUGCACUGGGUGCGGCACGUGGCGAGCACGCACGGCGCCGCACACCUCCGCUCGCCCGCGCUGCACGUGCCGUGCUACCAGAAGUACUACUUGGAUCUGGCAGCACUUAUUAUAGCUAUUGUAAUAGCUGUUAAACAACUUAUUAAAUGUUUGUUCUGUUCCAACAAGAGAAGUACAAAGAAGAAAAGAAUAACAUACAUAACAGGGUUUCCUUUGGAAAAUGAAGACGAAACAAAACUGCGACAAAUAAACAUAAAGAGCAACUUUGACGCAUUUCCAGAUGGUGGAGCUUUUGAUAUUAGCACUGUCAUUGACAAAGGUAUAGAAGUAAAUGACGCUCAAGCUAUGCAAGACUUUGCUGUGUAUAAUGCAUUCAUGACUUUUGAGAACAAAGAUGUCAAAGCGCUGAUGGAAGAUCCCAAACAAGAGUUUGAUCUCGUGAUUGCUGAUUUAUAUGAAACUGAAAUAUAUGCUGCAUUUUCAGCACUUUACAAUUGUCCGAUGAUUUGGAGUUAUUCCAUGGGAGUACACUGGCAAGUUUUACGGCUGAUCGACGAACCGACCAAUCCGGCGUACACAGCUGACUACCUCUCGUUUAAUUUACCACCGUUUAAUUUUAUUGUGAGGCUUCAGGAAUUAUGGGCGCAGAUAAAGUGGCAAUGGAUAAAAUGGUAUUCAACCACACCAAAAGAAAUAUAUACAUAUGAGAAAUAUUUCGGCCCACUUAUAGAGAAACGAGGCAGAACAUUGCCGAAUUAUCAUGAGUUAAUUUAUAAUGCUUCGAUGAUACUGGCCAAUGACUACAACGCGUUCGGUAAUAUACCGAGUACCCCACAAAACUUUAAGUUGAUUGGUGGCUAUCACAUUGCAACUCACACACAACCACUGCCGAAGGAUUUGCAGAGUCUAAUGGACAGUUCAACAAACGGUGUUAUUUAUUUCAGCAUGGGUUCAACACUAAAAAGCAAAGACAUACCUAAACCUAUAGUUGAAAAUAUUCUAAAAAUAUUUGGGAGUUUAAAGCAAACUGUAAUAUGGAAGUUUGAGGAGAAACUACAUAAUUUGCCCAAAAACGUACAUAUCAUGUCCUGGGCACCACAACCAAGCAUUUUAGCUCAUCCAAAAUGUUUAUUCUUCAUCUCCCACGGAGGCCAGUUGUCAUCGAGCGAGUCUGUUCACUUUGGAAUACCUAUCAUCGGCAUACCGAUUUAUAUGGACCAAUUCGUGAACGUAGAGAAAGCAGUCAGUAGAGGUUACGCUAUCAGAGUUCAUUUUACUCGUAAUUUAGCGAGCGACUUGAAAACAGCUAUUGACAGGAUGCUUAAUGAGCCAAAAUACAGGCAGAGGGCAAAGGAGCUGUCAGCCAUAUACCACGACCGGCCGGUGUCGCCGGGCCGCGAGCUGGUGCACUGGGUGCGGCACGUGGCGAGCACGCGCGGCGCCGCACACCUCCGCUCGCCUGCGCUGCACGUGCCGUGCUACCAGAAGUACUACCUCGAUCUGAUUUUUUUACUUACUAUAGUCAAUAUAACCUUCUUUGUUGUAAUAAAAAUUAUUUAUAAGAAAUGUAAGAGUAAAAAGAAAGAAAAAAGUAAUUAAAACCGUUUCAAAAUAUAUUAAAGAUUUUGAAACGGUUAAAGAUUAAAAGAUUUCCGAUUGUCAUCUCAUUUCGGUAACGAAGGUUCAUUGAAAGACAAACAUUUGAAUACAAUUUAUAUUAAUAACAUAAUUACAUAUAUUUAAUGUCAAAAAAUAAAACUUAUUGUUUAAUCGGAAUCACAAAUAAUAAUACUAGGCAUUAAUACUUAACAAUAUUCAAUUAAUUAUAAUAAAAAUUGUAUUAUCAUUUUUUAUAUUAAAUGUAAAUUAAUUAUUCUCAAUUAUUCGUUAAUAAAGAUGUAUUCGAUUAUUUAAAAAACUGCAUUGUAAUUAAUUUUUUUAUUUUAAUAAACAAUUGAAAGUAAGGUUUACAUAGUAUUUUUGAUAACAGUCUGAUACGAUUUGAUGACGAUUUUAUAGUUGAUCAUUUUAUAGUUACUUUACAUGCACUAACAUAUAUUAACUUAGUAAACCUAAUAUAACAAAAGUACGUGAAAUUAGUAAUGCAUUUAUUUGCAUAAGAAAGUGAUUUUCAUGUUUUUUUUUUUUUUUUAUAUAAUUCUUUAUUUUAUUUUAUUGCAAAUCACAACAUGAGAAUUCUUUGUUUAACUCACAAGAUAAAUUAACCACAAUAUUUUUAGGAACAGAAUAAGAAAAUGUCUUGACAAUUAUAUCUACCAUAAUAAUAUACAUAAAGAUUUUUUUCAAUUGAACAUACAUUAUUAUUUCUUAUAUAUAUAUAGACACCAUUUAUUUGCAAUUAAAUUAUAUUAACCAUCACCAUUUAAUUAUCACAUUUGGUCAAAGAAAAUAAAAAUUAAAAAUAAUAAUAACAAGUAAAUAACCCCCGUACUGAUCACAUUGCGCGGAAGAUUGGUCAUAAAAGUCAAUGUAACGCCAUAGAACACUCGCGUCCAGUGUCUAUACGGACGCUAAAACUACAUAUUAAAAUUUUUAUUGUAGAGAUUGGUUUAUAGAAGUGCACUUCAAAAUCGAUCUAAAGCAAUCUAUAAAAUUAAUGUUUUUAAAUAAUAUUUCUCAAAUUUUUGAGAUACCGUCCA